UGGUGGAUGCCGCUUGGGCGGGACCUCGAGGACCUUGGUGCGCAUGCGCUUAUUUCAGCUCUCGUAGUUCAUGCUUGUUCGAAUGGCUUGACUGGUUCGCUGGUUGGUUUCCUGCCGUUUUAUUCUUAUAGAAACCUUGUUAAGUAGCUUUCAGCAUGAGUUAUGUAGUUGGAAAUUAAUCCAGCCUGGGAUCAAACCAGGACUUGAACGUAUGCCAGACAUUGAUUCUGGUGUUGCUCUUUCCAUGGCAGACGUGCUGGACUUCAGGCUGAUGGCGUCUGGUACAGCAAGCCGCUCUGAAGACGAAGAGUCUCUGGCUGGACAAAAAAGGAGCUCAUCACAAGUUUCUGGGGCCAUUCCAAAACGGCGCAGUUCUUCCAGGUUCAUCAAGCGGAGGAAGUUUGAUGAUGAGCUGGUAGAGAGCAGUCUUGCCAAGUCGUCCAGCCGGGCCAAGGGCCCUACUGGGGUGGAGCCUGGGCGCUGCUCUGGCAGUGAGCCCUCUUCCAGUGAGAAGAAGAAGGUCUCCAAAUCCAUCUCUGCGCCUGUCACUCCAAGCCCAGCUCCAAACCCCGGUCUUACCAAGCGGAUGAAGAAGAGUAAGCAGCCCUUGCAGGUCACCAAGGAUUUGGGCCGCUGGAAACCCACCGACGAUCUCCUCCUGAUCAAUGCUGUGCUUCAGACCAAUGACUUGACCUCUGUGCACCUGGGGGUGAAGUUCAGCUGCCGCUUUAACCUGCGGGAAAUCCAGGAGAGGUGGUAUGCGUUGCUCUACGACCCUGUGAUCUCCAAGCUCUCUUGCCAAGCUAUGCGGCAGCUGCAUCCUGAAGCCAUUGCAUCUAUUCAGAGCAAAGUGCUCUUCAGCAAAGCAGAAGAGCAGCUCCUGAGCAAAGUGGGAUCCACAAGCCAGCCCACGCUGGAUACCUUCCAAGACCUGCUGCACAAGCACCCAGAGGUUUUCUAUCCUUCUCGCACGGCCAAAGUGCUGCAGACGCAUUGGCAGCUCAUGAAGCAGUAUUACCUCCUGGAUGAUCAGACAGUGCAGCCACUGCCCAAAGGGGACCAGGUGCUCAACUUCUCGGAUGCUGAAGACAUGAUCGAUGAUAGCAAACUGAAGGAUGUACGAGAUGAGGUGUUGGAGCAUGAGCUAACUGUGGCAGACCGGAGACAGAAGCGGGAAAUCCGGCAGCUGGAGCAGGAGCUACACAAAUGGCAGGUCCUGGUGGACAGUAUAACAGGGAUGAGCUCCCCUGACUUUGAUAACCAGACGUUGGCUGUGCUACGUGGAAGGAUGGUGAGGUACCUCAUGCGCUCCCGUGAGAUCACACUUGGCAGAGCCACUAAAGACAAUCAGAUUGACGUGGAUUUAGCACUGGAGGGGCCAGCCUGGAAGAUAUCCCGUAAACAAGGGGUCAUCAAGUUGAAGAACAAUGGUGACUUUUUCUUAGCAAAUGAAGGGCGGCGUCCCAUUUAUGUUGACGGGCGCCCUGUGCUUUGUGGCAGUAAAUGGAAGCUCAGCAACAACUCUGUGGUUGAGAUUGCUAGUUUGCGCUUUGUGUUCCUCAUCAACCAAGAUCUGAUAGCGCUUAUCAAGGCAGAGGCUGCCAAAAUUGGCCAGCCUUGAGAUCGGGAUCAUACCAAAGGCAUCUAUCAGUGGAUCUAUGGGGUGUUUCUUCGCCUCACUCCAUCUGCAGCAGGGACCACCAUGUUAUCUGCUGCUAACAUGGCUUUGUCUAGCUUUGCCUCUCCUCUUGGCCAGGAUUGAAACCUCUCGGUGGCCUUUUCUUCGAUGGGGAAGGAGCCCUGCAGCCAACAGAAGGGCCCUGAACUGUAUGGACAGGGGCUUCAUGGUUUCUGCUGGCUGUGCUUGAUUGUGAGAUGGAGUGACUCUGUCUUCUUCCAUGGAGGAUUUGGGGAGGGGAAAUAGGGACAGGAAGAGUCAAGGGAGCUAUUAAAAUCAUUACCAGCCUCAUCUCCUCUGGAGUGUUGUGUUGGUGCCCAGUUUCUAUACAA